AUGAAUGCGGAUAGGAAGGAUGAGCUGAGAAACAUUCUAGCAAUGACGAAAGUGGACAACAUAGGGAAGCAACUUGGACCAGCAAAACUCAUCCUCAUUCAAUCAAUUCUCUUGAGUUUAUCAGCUCAUGUUAUGAGAUGUUUCAAGCUACCAUUAGCAAUUGCAAACAAGAUUGACUCUGUGAUUACAAGAUUUUGGUGGGCUUCGAAUGGGGAUAGAGGAAUCCAUUGGGUGAAUCGCGAGAUGAUCCAAAAACCUAAAGGUUUAGGUGGUUUAGGGAUAAGGUCUGUAAGCACUCUAAACGAUACAAUGCUUUUUAAGCAGGCACUAAGGUUACACCAGAACCCUAAACUAUUGGUCUCCAAAGUUCUAUUCAACACACAAGGGUGUUUUGUUUGCAAGGAAAGGAACGCUUUGGCUGCAAAGCAGACUCUAUCAUGGGGUAGAAGGGGUUUGGCUAAUGCAGUACGCUUAUUUGAUGAAGGAAUGGCAUGGAAAAUAGGAAAUGGUUGUAAUACUAAGGCAACGUCCAUGGCUUGGGUUAAUGGCUCCAUACCACAGGUAAAGAAUAACCAAUAA